AUGGGUAGCAAUAAAAAAAGUACUUAUUCAUUCAAGUUCAGGAAUCCAAAGCUAGGAUUGAUUAAGGGAUUGAUCUCAGAUGUGAAAAAAAUCAGAAGGAACAACUUUUGUGUUGAGUACGGUGAUCUGUUAACUAUCAUGAACACCGAGGUGGAGGCUUGGGCCAUUUUUACUUUGGCACAAUUCUAUGAUCCUCCCUUGCGGUGUUUCACAUUCCAGGACUUCCAAUUGGCGCCAACACUAGGAGAGUUCUCACAUAUAGCAGACAUUGGUAUCAAGGAUGAAGUCCCUUACACCGGUCUAGGGGAAUUUCCUACACAUCAACAAAUAGGUUCAUCUAUACAUCUGGAUAAAGCGGAAGUGAAAGCUAAUCUUGGACCAAAAGGAGACACUUUGGGCUUCACUUUGAAGUUCUUAGUGGGAAAAGCUUCAGAUUUCAAAAGUAAAGAAGAUUGGGUCGCUUUCAAUGUUGUGUUAGCCUUGAUACUCUAUGGGAUUGUCUUGUUCCCGAACAUUGAUGACUUCGUGGACAUGACUGCUAUACGCAUUUUCUUGCUUAAGAAUCCCAUCCCCACCUUGCUUGCAGAUGUUUAUCACUCCAUCCAUUGGAGAAAUGAGAAGAAGGGGGGGAUGAUCCAGUGUUGCGCUCCUUUACUGUAUAAAUGA